UCCGGUGUAUAUAUUCUGAUUGUACAGCAUUUCAAUGUCCUGGAAACAAUUCAAUACAAAUAUAGUGUUGCUUAGGCUUAAUACGUUGCAUCAGAGAAUGCGACCUUUUUAGCUGAUUCAUCCUAAUAGUUAAAGUAUCUUAAUGAAGUAUAAAAGAAUUAAAUCAUAGAUCAAUAAUUGUCAUCAAUGCAUGGAUAUGUCCUAUCAUUUCCUUUCUGUCCCUGAACGCUCAGCUCUCUCUGGCUUGUGUAGCUUCCAGAAGGAUGCUUGCUUGAGUCUCAGUAAAGCAUGUUGCUGGUUUUUAAAUAAUACAAACACUGACUAUUGAGCAGGUACCUUUACCCCGAGUUUUAACCUCAUUAAAAUAACAAUGGCAGACUGAUGUGCACUUGUCGAAUUUGAAACUAUCAAUAGCCUCUGCUUUAAAGGAAUUACAGGUAUGUGAUGGUCCCAGCUCAAACAUUACUCUAGGAGGGGCCAAUAAAGCUGUAAUUAAGUGUCGUGUGUUAACGUGUUUAUUACAGGAAAUUAAAUAUUAAUUACAUGACAUGAAAUAAGAUGGAUAGAUGAGCUGGGAGAUCACAUUAAGUGAGUGGAGUGUAGAUAGAAGGAAUGGUCAUGGUGGCCAUGAUACAAAAUAAAACACCAGAAAACUUUAUGUAAAAAACACAAAAUCCCACCACAGAGCAUAUUAAAGAUGAAUAGACUUUAACAAGGUCACAACACUGACAGGGUAGAUUUAGAAAAGACUUAAUGAUGCAUCUUAAUUCCCAGGCUGAUUCUCUAUGAAUGAGCGAGCAUGAACAAACUCCAAGUGGUUUUUCUGAUCUUUACCAUAAACUCACAAUGGAAAAAAUCUCUUUUCCGUUUCUUCUCUAUCUUGGGUCUAGAGACGAUGCCAUCCAACUCCCUUGUCCUUCAGCAGUCUUACCUUUUGGGAAUUCAUCAUUGCUGUCAGCUUGAAAUACAAGCUGCAACCUAGCCAUUAUGAAUGUUGACACAUUUACUAUCUCAUGUUGUUCUUUUGUUUCCACAGAUAAUUUGUUCAUCCUGGUUUACAUUGUCUGACAAGAGUGCACAAUGGUAGAUUUAACCUUGGUAGUCAAAAUGUAAAUUAAGUCGUGACUGAUCACUUUAACACCAAACUUCUUCAUCUAACGGAACAUUGAAAAACAUUUCAAGUGUUUUUUAGAUUUGAUAGAUGUAGGGAAUUGUAAUGGAAAAUAAAAGCAUAUUUGUAUGGAUAUAGUACUGUAUUUACAUCUAGACUUGAGGUACUACUAUUCAGUUGUCCAAGAUUUAUACAAAAGAUUGAUAAUGGAAGAAAUUGAAAGUUACGAACCCGCCACAACGCAACGCUUUAGAGUGACUAUCAUCACGUUGUUGCUUCGAUGAAUUGACCUUUCUUAGGGUUAUGGUUGGCUGUAAGUAGCUUGGGUUUUGCUUGAUCCGACGUGUACUAAAUUAAGUUUCGCUAUUGGCUACAUUACAAUGCGAUGGUAGCUAGCCAAUUUGAUUUUAUUGUAAUUCUUUAAAAUAUUGAAAAACUCCUUAAACUUUAUGCUAUGCUAGCUAAAGCACAUGUGACCUAUCAUUCCUACUUACUCCACCAUCAAAAUGGUGGCUCUAUAUCAUUGGCUAGAAAAAGUGGCAUGAUAUGACGUCAUAUAAAAAAAAGAUCCACCCAUUUAGCUCAUUUUCUCGACAGCUCAUUGGUCAGCCUUGGACCUGUACCACCUGACUGCCAGUGGGAGUCGCAUUGGCCACGCCCCCAACCUAGCUAUCAGUUGUAGAACAGAGGACUACAAAAAGUAGUCAAAUAUUAAAAGAAAUUCAGAAACAGACAUAUAAAAUACAUCACUUGGACCCACUGCAACUAUGUCUGACAGUCCUGGUUAAAGAAUAAAAAGGUAUUCUGGUUUUGUGCUGAGAAGCUUCCCAUUGGUCAGCUUGUGCUGUAUGCAAAUAGGAACAACUACGUCAGAUCCUGAACAUGAGCGCCAUUUUUUUCCCACAAUAAGGGGAAGAAAAGGACAAAAGCUCACCUAAAGGAGCCUACCUCUGGACGGGGGUUAGCAAACAUCACCUCCCGUGUUUGACCACAGUUGUACAUACAGCGGUGAGUGCGUGUUGACGGAGGAUGCUGCUUCCGGACGGAAACCUGUGAGCAGCGCUGGAACCAGCAAACGCAGCUCCCCGACGCACACACCAGACGCACGCACACGCAGUUGAGGGCCGUUGGAAGUGGCACAGUGACAACCAACGUGAAUUGACACGGACGAGGCAUCAGAGGAAUAAUGUAUCAGUGUCCAGUUGGAAAUAUUGAGAAGAUCCGAAAGGCGCGCAAGGCGGUGAAAAAUAUCCUUGGUGAGAUUGGCCUCGAAGACUGUCAGAACCUGCUGAAGGAUCUCAAUGAAAAGACUGAGAAAGACGCUGAUGAAGACGAGGUGUUUCAGGAAACCGACUGGGUAGACAUCACCGAUGGAUACAAUGUCAGACUACAGAAAAAGUGGCCUUAUAGGUCUCGAGCUCUGUGCUGCAGCAUGUGCAAGUACUCUUCGCAAAACAUCUACAACUUCAGGAGCCACGUCUCUCGUUGCCAUGGAUACCUGCAGUCGUUCUGUGCCCUGGCACCCUGUUCUAAGUGCCUCUUUAUCGGACACCCCAAGUCUCUCAAGAAGCACAUGCUGUUCUUCCAUGCCACCUACAUACAACCGCAGAGGGAAGGGCCUCAACCCGCCCAUCGCGGAAAUGAGCGGUAUCAGUGUCGGAAAUGUGGAUUUCCGGCCCCCUCUAUCUUCACGAUGAAGAAGCACAUCAUCCUUAGGCACCUGGACAGUGUAGCAGAGCGGUAUAUCGGUUACAGAUUCCUCCUUCAAGGGACUACGUCUGUGAAGGUCUACUGCUGCAAGGUGUGCAAGGUGAACACUGGAAACCUCGACCAAAUGUUGCAUCACAUGCUGGUGGAGCCGUCGCACUACCCAGUCAGCACCCAAGUGCAGAGUCUGAUUCACGAGAACAAGAACGUCACAAUCAAAGCGUCACCCAAUGGGAACGGCGUGUUUGUGACAUUUCCAAACAUUGCUCCUAAACCGCAGCAGCUUCAAAUUUUCAACAAUAAGUCCAUGGUUAUACCAAGUAAUGGCCAACCUGCUGGGACUAUGGUGGCCUUACAGAAUUUAGGAAGAACAAACAGCGCGACUCUGAUCUGUGCCCCCGGAACCAACCAGGCGUUUCUGCCCCCUCAAGCGUCGGCGCUAGUUCAACUAGCUAGUGCUGAGGCCAAAGGUCUGCUCCAGCCUGGUGCCACGAUAGCUCUCCGAGGUGCUUUGCCUCAGGCACCGGGGUCUCUGGUCCAGCUUCCCACAAUGUCCAACGUGUCUCUGAAACAGGCGCCUGUGGCUCUGGUUUCGGCUCCAGCGCAACAGCAGCAAAUCGUUUUCUCCUCGGGACUGAGGGCCAACGUGGCAGGCGUAUCGAAGCCAGCCGUAGAUACACAAAAUGCACAAACGAAACAAGUCACCCUGCAAGGUACCAUGCUGACGUCACAGUCCCUGCUUAGUCACUUGAUCCCGACUGGCAACAAGAUGAAUGGCAUGCCCACUUACACUUUUGCUCCGCUGCAAGUAGCAAUGCCGGCCUCCCAGAGCUCAAGUUCUCCUCUCAAAGCUGUUGAGCAAACAAAGAACUCCACCCCGCCAACUAAGAAAUGGAUUACCUGUCCCCUCUGCAAUGAACUUUUCCCUUCUAACGUCUUUGAUGUGCACACAGAGGUUGCUCACCAGCAAAAACCCAACACGCCCAAGUCAGAAAGUGUGGCAGCACAAGCAGCUUUCUUGAAAAAAAUGCCGGACAAGACGGUAAAAUGCCUCACAUGCAAAAUUCUAGUCUCCGAAAAAAGCGUCUUCCAACACCUUCUGCAUGGCCUGAAUUGCUUGUACUGCUCCGCUUUGUUCUUUUCCAUCAAACAGCUAGUUGAGCAUGUAAAGCAGCACAAUCCCACAAGCAAGACAUACUGUGAUUUUCUGAGGCAGAAGUACAGGGUCUACUCCAAAGGUAUUGGAGGAAUCCUGUUUCCUUACUUUGACGUCAACACCACCGCACCAAAAGAGGUCCUGGGAGACACGGAGGUCAACCUGGCCCUGGUCACAAAUUCCCUCGACCUGAUCUUCAUUAAGUUGCAGCCCAGCAGCCAGCCGGACAUCUGCACGGCGACAGCAAAAAUCAACAGUGCGUAUUGUCCCUUCUGUGACGAGAAGUUUCAGAGUGAGGCCGAACACCUGCAGCACCUAAAGCAAAAACAUUUAGUGGCGCCCACCAUUCACGCUAUCCUCAAAACGGAGGCCUUCAAGUGCAUAUACUGCAACGGCGUGUACACGGGCAAGGUCACCCAGCAGGCGGUGAUGCUGCACAUUCAGCGCUGCCGGUGUUCCCCGAAACAACCGCAGCCCGACAAAGCGGCGGCGGCUCCACCACAGCCGCAGAAACCCGUCCAGCAGUUUACGCAGUCCCUCUACUUCCUCCAAAUGCCACCAGGGAUGACCAUGAACCAGGCUCUGGCUCAAGCUCGGGUGAUUCCGGCUGCAUCGGCCACGCCCCCCACCCCCAACGCCGCCGCCACCACCGCCGCAUCAACGACGCGUUCCGAGACGGAAGCGCAGGUGUUGUCGAAGAAUAGGCUGGAGGCUGCGUGGAGGCAGGUGAUGGAGGCCAACAAACGGGAGCGGGAACAAAAGGCGGCCAUUCGCAAGAAGCGCGAGCAGGACAAGCGGCUGCCUAAGCCCCCGCCCCCGCCGCCGCCUCCGCCUCCAUCUCCACCACAACCGGUGGCGUUGGCGGCGCCGGCAUCCGUACGCGUUUUGCUUCAGCGGGAGCGCGGGGUGAAGCUGGCGCUGGAGCCCAACCCGGCCGAGUGCCGCAGCGGCGAGGGCCGCAAGGACUUCAUAUCCAAGUACUUCAACCUGAACCCCUACGCCAACCGAACGGAGACCGACGAGCUGUGCAAGAGGUUGUCCCUCACGAAGGUGGAGCUGUCAGGCCAUUUCAGCAGGAAGCGCACUAAGUGCAUGAAGAGCCUCAAGAGGAGCAAGGCCGCCGUAUUCCUCGGCUUUAACAUGACAGAACUGAGCAAAGUCGAGCACAAUCUCAUAAUCCCCGAACAGCAGCCCGCCGAGGCCUCGGAGCAGGCGGAAAGCGACGAGGACGAACCACAGCCGAUGGACGAGAGCGGAAGCGAGAACGCUGCGGACGGGGAGCAGAUGGAAGUGUGACACCUGUGAAAUCCCUAAUGAACUAAGGGAAAACGACUUAGAUAGUUUGAUGACGCUAUCAUACGCUAGAGAAGUUCACCAUGCAGUGCACACGUAACAUUACCAGUCUCUUUUGAAGCCCAUUUUAAUGGUGCUUUCUUUCAUUUCAGUUGGUUGUCUGGUCCCUACCCAUUAUACCACAAAUAAAGAGAAUAUAAUAAUAAUAAGGAUCCUGAUUUGUCUGAGAUAUAAAGGGGUUUGACUGGUGCGCUGCAACCAUUUCUAUCUGGUUGCCAUCUCUUACUUCCAAAUGGCUACUGACUUCAACUGAAGCACUGACUUGCUCUUAAUAGCUGCCUUUUGUUUUUUUGCACCCCUAUUUGUAAUUUAAAUUCCUGCAUCACCGCUUGUCUCCCACUAUCAGAAAUUUAGUUCACAUUUGGUUAAUUACUAUAUUGUGCUUUUCCUUUUAUAGUAUUGUUUUGUUUUACAUAUUUGGACCUAUGUGUGUAGUUUUGUUUAUAACAUUUUUUAUAUUUAAACCGACUAAGGGGGAAAUGUUUCUCGCUCACCAACUCCUGCAGAAGGUGAAUGUUCAUCUUGCAGUUUUCUGAAGCCAAAUUCUUAAGAAUGUACAAAUAUUUAAGUUGUCAUAAAUUCUCCAUUUAAGAACUUUGGUUAAUAUAUAUAUAUAUAUCUGACCAUGUUGCUUUCAUGAGUUUUGUUUCUGUCAGAUAAAACUAUGAUUUGUGCCAUUAUGAAAGUUUGCGUAGAUUUGAGGAAAUUUUCCCUAGAGAUCCAACUAAAUAUUAAACAAGUUAUUGGGUGGACACCAUAAAUAUUUUGUUCCCCUGACUGCAGUUCUUUUGUACUAAACUUGUAUUUUGUAGAGGAUUGAAAAUGCUGAAAGGGGUCCAGAUGAUCAUUCUGUCCAAGGCCACUGUGUUGUACCGAAUAAAGUGGAUUCCUUUUA